AUGGCCAAGUACGUUCUCUUUGUUGGUUCCCGAGACACCAACCACUGUGGGCCGUUGCGGCACCCUGUUUGCAUCAUCCGUCAGCAACAGGUUGUGCCCACCGUCUACCCCAUCAUCAUCAUGAGUUCAACGCACUGGAGAAUGCAUCACAACCGGGCCAAGCUCAUUAUAGCCGCCGUAUCCCUGUUCCUUGGCAUCCUUGCCCUGAUUGGCGCCGCCAAUCACAAAGACGGCCGCAACGCUCGCUAUUACGCAGUUGAACCCGCAGAUCAGCACGUCCAGACGACGGCAACGGCAGCCAAGGCGUCUAUUUGCCGCGCCCACCACGCCAUCUCGAUGCUCCUGCUGGCCACAGCAGUAGGCUGGCCGACGCUGAACGAGUUUGUUGCUGUUGACGUCAGCAGGACCCCCUUCGCCAUGGAGGUGCGGGACAGACACGACGAGGACAGGGGUGGUGGUGACGCCGUGCUGCUUGAGCGGCAGAACACGGCCGUGCUCCGCGGAUGGACCGAGACAUAUGAGAACCUGCUGCAUGGAAGACGGCGUGCCGCCGCCCCUGGCCAGUCAUAG